AGGAGCUGCACGAUUCGUCUCUCUUCGCUGAGCCAAAGCGUUCGGAUAUCCACAAGCGCACCGAAUUCCCACCGCUGGCCGACAGUCGCCUUUGCGCAUGCGCGGAACAGAUCUCGGGGAUGGGUUUUACCGAUGGAAUCAAGAUGGCGACUCUGGCGAAAGCGCCAAUAUAUCGAGUGAAGUAAAUGUCCGAAACUAACCGAGAUAGCGGGUUUGGCCUCGUCAGCCGGGGCUUCGUCGCACCAUGAUGACCGGCGGCAUGCCUCUGACGCGGAACUGACGGCGCUCUGUUACCGCCGCGAAGCCAGCGAGAUGUGCGAGAACUAUGCCCGCUCGCUGCUGCGUGUUUCGGUGGCGCAGAUCUGCCAGGCUCUCGGCUGGGAUGCGGUGCAGCUCACCGCCUGCGAUCUGCUGUCCGAUGUGCUGCACAGGUACAUCCAGCAGCUGGCCAAGGUGUGCCACCGCUACUCCGAGCUGUACGGCAGGACGGAUCCGGUCCUGGACGACCUGGGCCAGGCCUUCAGGCUGAUGGGGGUCAACCUGAGCGAGCUGGAGGACUACGUCAGCAACCUGGAGCCCGUGGCGUUCACCCACCAGACGCCGCUCUUCCCUGUCAACAAGAACAACGUGCUGCAGUUCCCCCAGCCCGGCGUGAGGGACGCAGAGGAGAGGAAGGAUUACAUCCCAGAGUACAUGCCGCCUCUGGUCUCCCUGCAGGAAGCAGAAGAGGAGGAGGAAGAGGUGCCGCCCGACAUGGGCACCUCGGCCGAGGCCAUGCAGGUGGCCCUGGAGGAGGACGAGGACGAAGCGGACGAAGAGGAGGUGGUCAACGACGAAAACCACCCGCUGAAGCGGCACCUGGACAGUCCCGACGCGGCCCUGGGCAUGAUGCCCACCUCCAAGAGGCCGCGCAUGUACCCCGGCCUCAGCCCGGAGUGGGGGGUGGAGCCCAGGGAGCCGCUCACCUCGCUCAACCCUCAGCGUGUCCCGCCCGGCAUUCUGCCGUCCCACGACAGCCUGGACACGCUGUCCCCUGAGACGCCGUCCGGAGCCCUGCCUCCUUUCAGGCCUCAGCCGGUCCUGCCCAAGCACCCGGACCAGAAGGCGCUCGGCACGCCCGUCCGCAAGCCCAAGGUCUCGUCCCCCGGCAGGCAGCGGACUAAGUCCCCCAAAGGCGCCGUCCCUCUGGCGGUGGCGGGGAGCCCCAUUCAUUCUCCCAAGACAUCCAAGGAGCGGAAGAAGUCGCCGGGCAGGACCAAGAGUCCGAAAAGCCCCAAGAGCCCGAAGACGGGUCCGCUGAAAGCCCCUCCCCCCCAGCUGAAAGCGGAAGGCCUGCACAAGCUGCCGCUGUCGGCUCUGAGCGAGAGGAUGGGGAAGGAGAACGUCCAGCUGCGCGCCGCCGUGGACGACCCGCAGUUCCCCGAGGGAUCCUUCAGGAAAGCCGAGCCCGACAACACCGCCAUCGACGACUCCAUUGCCGCCGUCAUAGCGCGGGCGUGCGCCGAGCACGAGCCCGACCCCUUCGCCUUCUCCUCCGGCUCGGACUCCGACAGCAACGGCUUCUCCAGCCCGAGGAGGCUGACCAUCAUGGAGCCGGCCACGCCCAAAGCGCCCGCCGUGGUCGCCGCCUUCAUGAAGGACACGUCGACGCCGCUCCACCCGCACGCCGGCCUGGGAAACUGGACCCUGGACGACUCCAUCAACGAGGUGGUCCGCAAGGCCAACCAGGGCGGCCCGGCGCCUCCUCUUCCUCCGCCUCCCCCUGCCACGGUUCCCAACCCGGCCGAGUACGUGUCGUCGGGGUCGGCGUCGCCGCCCACACCCGAGCCGCUGCUCAAGGUGUUCGAGGAGAAGAACAAGAUGGUGCCGCCGGCGGAGGUGAAGAAGAAGCUGAAGAAGGAGCUCAAGACCAAGAUGAAGAAGAAGGAGAAGGACAAGCCGAAGGACAAGGACCGGGACAAGGAGAAGAGCAAGCUGAAGGAGAAGAACAAGGAGAAGAACCGGGAGAAGAACAAGGAGUUCUCCAAGGACGCCAAGAUGCCCUGGAAGGAGUUUGGAGCGAAGGACGACGACUUCUUCAUGCCGCGGGACUUCACGCUGCCCGAGGGCUCCAUCAAGAUCAAGUCCAGGGACGGCGAGGCCCCCAAAAAGGAGAAGGAGAAGCACAAAGACAAGAAGAAGGACAAGGAGAAAAGCAAGAAGGACAAAGACAAGAAGGAGAAGAACAAAGAGCGCAACAAGGAGGACAAGCAGAAGCAGUCGGCGCUGUCGAGCUUCGCCCUCAGCGACAUGCCGCCGCUCUUCAGCCCCUCCACCUGCCUGCGCAUGCCCUCCAUGCUGCCCUCCCUGGGCCCCCUCCUCCACGAGAAGGAGGCCAAGAGCAAGGAGAAGGAGAAGAAGAAGGACAAGAAGGAGAAGAAGAAAAAGAAGGACAAGGACAAGGAGCGGGAAAAGGCCAAGGAGAAGGAGAGGGAGAAGGAGGAGAAGCGGAAGGAGAAGGAGCGGGAGAAGGAGAAGCGGGAGAAGGAGAAGGAAAAGGAGAAGAUCCGUCUGGAGAAGGUGAAGAUGGAGCCUCCGGCGGUCCUCCCGUCUCCUGUCAUCCCCCGGCUGACCCUCAGGGUGGGAGCAGGGCAGGACAAAAUCGUCAUCAGCAAAGUGGUGCCCAACUCCGAGCCCAAGGCGGCGGGUUCCAGGGCUCCGGCCGCCAAGUCGGGUCCCGGGAACCGUCCCCGGACGCCCCCUCCCCCGCCGGCGCUGCCCCCCGCAGUGCCGGCUCUGAAGCCCGCCUCCCCGCUGGUGCCGCCCCCCGCUCCCCCGCCGCAGUCUCUGCUCCCUCAGCCCGCCAUGAUGGCCCCCAGCGGCUCCAUCAAGACGCCGGUCCGCAGCGUGGUGACCGAGACCGUCAGCACCUAUGUGAUCCGGGACGAGUGGGGGAACCAGAUCUGGAUUUGCCCCGGGUGUAACAAACCCGACGACGGCAGCCCCAUGAUCGGAUGUGACGACUGUGACGACUGGUACCACUGGCCUUGCGUCGGGAUCAGCGACCCGCCCCCGGAGGACCAGCCGUGGUUCUGCGUAAAAUGUUCCAGUAAGAAGAAGGACAAAAAACACAAGAAGAAGAAACACAAACCCCACUGAGGCUAUGCAAAAAAAUUAAAACACAAACUGUCACGUUUUGGACUCAGCUUAAAGCCAUCGCUGAUCGCUGGUGGCGCCGCUGUAUAGAAAA